GCCGCGUUCAGACACCGAGUAAAAUUAGAUAACACCCCUCGGUCACCAGGAAUAUUAAUAUUAUUCUCCCGUGAUUCUAGUGCUUAAAUACUUUGCUAAAUUGAUACGUGGAUUCAUUUAUCGAAGUAAAACAAACGAAAGUCACACUAGCGCCGAGAUGUACCGUAGACAGAUGCUUUGUUGUGGGUACAUGACAUCGCAUGAACGCGCCGCAGAACUACGCCAUCUUGUCAGCAGGGUUUGGGGAGAAAGCGCUGCUACGUUAUGGACUUACUGAAAGGAUUUACAACUCUUGAUGAAGUAGGAGACGACUCACAAGUAAGGAAACAAAAUUUCAAGCCAUCAACAGCAGCAGAAGAAAUAGAUUAUUUAAACAUCAUUCUUGCAAAUAUAGAAAAACAAAAUGAAAUUGAUAAACCUAAAGUUGAAUUGUUAAACCAUGCCAGAGAUAAAGAUGAUGAUACAUUGAUGCAAAAUGGGCGUUCUGAUGUGGAAGGGUCUUCUAAUACAGAAACAAAAGAGGAGUUGUCCCAUGCGGAUGAUAUCUUGACUCAAGCUAGGAGGAGGAGGAGGGAUCAGCACAUAUUGCAUAGGUGUAAUAAUAAUGUAGGAGAGACUAUAAAUGGCCAUGUUGUACAUACCGGACUUAGCACUGAACCCACCACUCGUGUGAUAGUAAACCCUAGUUCUACUUCUGCUAGUAAUCUGGAAUCAGAUUGUAAUUGUAGUCAGACAUCUUUAAGUGCUGAUCUUGAUGAGGAUUUGGAAAUUAAUAAUGUAGGAGCAAUCAGUUUGGCAGUUCUUAAUGAUGGUGACGAAGAGGCUGGGAGCUCAGAGCUAAGCCCCAGUACGGCUUUGGAUGCCAGCUUUGUUAUUCCAUUUAGUUCAGGGGUUGAUGAGAGUCGAGGUGGUGUGCUUGAGUCUGGAUAUGAUCCAGCAAGGGACACUUCAUGUGGUUGUCUUUCAGGUGAUGAAACUACGGCGGUAGUCAGCGAAAGUAGAACUUCCAGCGAAGAAACUGUGUCAUCUAAUAUAGUCUUAGGUGGCAUACAUGAUCUUUUGGCUUGUAAUGAAGAGGAAGAUCGGUUAGCUGCGUGUGAUGAAAGCUGUGAUCAGUCCACAGUCUGUGAUGAUUCAGCAGAACAGUCAUCAGUCUUUGAAGAAUCCUUAGAUCAUACUGAAGUGUGUGAAGAGAGUUUUAAUAAUUCAGAGAAUUGUAAGGAGUAUAGCACAUGUGAAAUUUCUUGUUCUCAACCUCAGGACAAAGAAGCUGAAGAAAGGAGCUUUGUUGAUCUCUCAAUAGUAAAGUCUGAACCUUUAGAUCUAGAUCCAGGGGAGGACUUUGACUUUGGAGGGUUUAUUAAUGACCCAGCUGAAGAUUUCCGUAUAAAAGAGGAGCCAAGAUUUGAAGAGGAAACACAAGAGUACCCCCUUGUAUUUAACCCUGGCUUCCAGACAGAUGGCAUAUUUGGAAUAAAACUGGAAGAAUCGGUACCACCUGAACUGUUUGUUCCUGAACAAAGAUUCCUUGUUAAAGAUAAGUUUUAUAGUAAGGAACAAGUUACUGCUGCCUACAUGAUAUCUCAGUCAACACUAUCUUCAAGUAUCAACAUGGCAAUGUUUAGUGAUCUUGGUAAAACUAAUCCAGUCCUUCGACUGGAUUAUCUUGAGGACAUGAUUAAGAAACCAGAAAUGCUGGUAUUGGAAGAUGCUGAAAUUAUAAAAUUAUUUGUCAAGAAUUUUGGUUCCAAUUUGGAGGACUGGAAAGUGAGACAUAAAUUUCCAAAAGUAACUGCACGAAAGCACACUGAUAAAAGAAAAAAAGCUAAGAAAGACACAAAAGAGAGAAAACGAAAAGAUAAAUUGACCCCAAAACUUGAAAAAUGUAAUGUAUCAGAAGAAUCUGAUUUUUGUGGUGGUGAAGGGGUAGAUGUAAAGAGAAAACACAAAGAAUUUAAGAAAUCUAAUAAAGGAUUACAAAGUUUAAAGGAAAGUAAGGAUAAAAAAAGUAAAAAGAGAAGCAAAAGUAGUUGUACAAUUGAUAGCUCUGAUACUGAAAAAAGGAAAAGAAAGAAAAAGUCUAAAGCUUUCUCAAAAGAAAUUAUUGACAGUGAUAGUUCAGAUAGUGACUCCCAGCCAAAGAAAAGGAAAGUGGACAUUUCAAGUGUUUAUAGCUCUGAUGAGGAAAAAGACAGGACAGAAGUGAAAAAUAAUAAUGAAAAUGAGAAGGGUGUAAAGGUUGAUUCUCAGGGAAACAAUACAGACAGCUGUACAAUUGGAAAGAAAUUAAAAUCAGAUUCUGUAAGAGAAUCUGAUCAAGGAGCAAAUGAUGGAAAAGGAGUUGCACAUCUUCAAAUCAAGGAAUUGCCUGAGGAAGGGAAAGUUUGUCCGGAUAUCAAGGAUGAAAUUACUGACAAAAAUUCAAAGAAAUUUGAAAGUGAAAGUGUUGUUAGUGGCAAGCAGUCUCAGAAAUCUGUUGUCACCACCAGUUGUGAUGGUAGCAAUAGUAGGUCUGCUAAUAGUGAAGCAGAAAACAAAUUUACAGGGAAGGUUUCCCAUAUUUCAAAUUCAGAAACAUCUAGUAAUGCCAUAAGUGAUGUAGGGCACUUGAAAGUGAUGGACGUGUCAAAGACGGAUAGAGAUGCCACAGAAAGAGUGAACGAUAACAGUGCAGUUACUUCAGAUAGAGAAAAAGAUUUCCAAGGUACAGGUGUGAAAGAAAAAAAUGAAAUAAUUGUGGGAGUGAGUGGAAGUGAUUUUGAGAAAUCAGACUCAAAUCUUAAUGAAAAGGGAGACUUCACUCAACUUACAGAAAGAGGUGAAACAGUGGUUAAAAAGAAAGAAAAUGAAGGACCCCUGCUUGAUAAAAAUCAAUUGGAUAGUGUACAGAAAAACGGUGGACAGGCAGUGGAUGUGUGUGAAGGUUUAAAGUUUGAAAAUUAUGAAGAAACCAAAGACUAUACCAGUACUGGUGAUAAAGCUAUUUUAGGAAAUGGAGAAAUUAGGACAGGUGUUGUAAGAGACGUGGAAUGUGAUGAAAGUAAGACAAGUGCAUACAAAGUUACAAAAGUUUGUGAAAGUGAUUUAGGUAUUGGUACAGUUACGGGUGUUAAUAUUGAACAUGUGUUAGAAAGUGUGGUUGUUAAUAAAUUGGACGAUGUGAAACAUAGUGAGCUUGUAGAUAAAAUUCAUAUUGUUAAGAUGUCAAAUGAACAGUGGGAAAGGAAAAAUGAACUUUCCAAAGAGAAAGAGGAGAGUGAGUUGAUAAUUCCUCCUAAUUCAUAUAAGCCUUGUGUCGUGCGGUUAGAUGAUUUAAUUUUAGACAAGAAUUUUCACAAGGUUGUGAAAAGGGGCUUGAAGAAAUUAGGGCUGAAACCUAAGAAUCGAAUACAGCAUCAUUCACCUUUGAAGUUGCUGGAAAAUGACCUUUCAGAUGACCAGGAAGAAAGAUCAGAUUACAGAAGGGGCGAACUGGAUAAAUUGGGUAAAUUAAAGGAGUGUGGUAAAGAAAAGGAAGAUAAAAAAGCUGAGAAAAAAAUGAAAGAACUGAGAGAGGCAGAAUUCAAGAGGAAGAAGGUUGAUUUAGGGAAAGACAGGCGAUCUUUGAAGGAGCUUAGUGAAGAAAGGGUACGUAGGCAGCUUGAGAAGUGCGAAAGGAGAACGGAAAAGGAGAAGUUGCGACAGACAAAAGAAGAACAGAAUGCGCAGAAAUUGCAGUUUCCUUCCAUCGGCACAUCAUUCAAAAUCCCCAAAAGGACUUCUUCAACUGCUAGUUGUCUGCAAGAAUUACGACAGAAAGUUAAUGCCAUGGGUGGUUCAGUUGUUACAAAACGGGAAGAUAUGAAGAAACAGGAGAAGAAGUCAAUGUAUUCUUCUAAUAAGACAUUUUUAAACAGGAGAGGUGAGAGAAAAAGAGAGCAGCAGGUAGACAGUAGGAGGGAGGAAGUGGAUGAGAGGAUGAAGGAGCAACCAGGAGAAGAAAGGAGAAGAGAACACGAGGAAAUUAAGAGGGAACAAAAGGGAAGACCACCUAGAGAAAUUCAGGACAAAGAGACUCGUGAAACCAGGACUGAUAUGGUUGAUAACGACACAAAAGAGAACCUGAAAAAAGAAGAUAGUCUUCAAAGUAAGUGGGAUAGAGAAGAUAACUUAGAGAAGCAUCAUGUGUGGAAAGUUGAUCCAUCUACUGGCUUGAAAAGACCUCCAUCACCACCUGCCUCCCCUGUUGUGGGUGGAGGUUGGAUGCCAGCUUGGUCUGAUGGAAAUGAAGAUAUGGUUGGUGGGGUUAGCCCUUCUGAUUCAUACGGAAGUCUUCAUGAGGAAGUGAGAGAGCCAGAAGUAAAGAAAGUCAGUGAAACUGAGAAACCAAGUUUGUUGGAUUGGGUACAUGGCUUAUUUGAAGACCACCAGAAGUCUGAUAAUGAAGAUAAGCCAAGUUUAAUGAGUUUCGUUAAUGAAUUAUAUGGGGAAAAUGCUGAAAAGGUGAAUGAUGCUAAAGAAGAUAGUAGAGACGACACUAUGUUUCAUGAAACGCUUAAGUCUCCAGGAAACCAUGAGUCAGAAAGAGAAAGGCCAAGCAUGUUUGAAGAGUUGGAAGCUCUGACAUCAUCAGAUGUCUUGAAUUCAGAUAAGGAAUGCUCUUCAACAGAAUGGAAAGAGAGGGCAUUAUUCCUGAAAAUUGCUGCCAUGGAUAAGGAAAAAGAGCUCUCAGAGGCAGCUAGAGUAGGAUCUGAGGAAGAGACUGUGGGUAAAGUAGAAAACUUGAAUCAGGAGCACUUGUCUCCUCCUCUCUUGGAAGGAAAAACAUCUCUAUCAGAUCCCUUACCCAUGGAUGGGAAAGAAAUUUCUCAUCACAGUGGUGAAGACAAGUCUCUCUUAUUCGCCAAAAGAAAAAAGGAGAUUUCUUUAUGUUCAUACAAACAGAAAGUGGAAGUACCUGGAGAAUUGAAUAAAGGGUCUUCAAAAGUGAAGGAGACUUCAGAAGAUGAUAAGAAAGAAUCUAAUGUAGAAACUCCUGCAGUAAGUGUUAUAGAACGGCAGCAAGGUCAAGAAUCUUCCUGUCGAUUUGCCUCUGAUGUUCCCUCCCCAUCUGAUUCGGUUAGUAGGAUGUCAAAGGUAGAUUCAGCUAAAGAUCCAGCAAAAGAUCCAGCUUCAUCAAAAGAAACUUUAAAGUCAAAGGAUGGGUUAAGUGAAAGGGAAUCAAAACUACAAGACAUGGAUGAGGAUGAUAUUUUAAAAGGUAAAUUAGAUUACAGUAACUUGGACCGAAGACAAAAAGUGAAACUUUAUGAAAAGAGAAAGAAGGCAUAUUAUGAGGUGAAGAAAAAGUUCAUGAAGGAGAAGAGUGAACUUACUUCACAUCAGCAGAAGAGAGCCAGAUUUGAAGAGUGUGAACGUCGUAAAAAAGAGUAUUAUGACUUGAAAGUUCACUUAUAUGAAGAAAAGAAGAGAGAGAAUGCUAAAAGAAAGUCAGAGGAUAGAGGGUUUUAUGAGAGGGAAAGGGAAAAGAAAAAGAAGAGACAUGCUGAUUUAAGGAGAAAUGAUAAAAUAACAGUCAGUCUGAAAAGUAAUUCAGAUGAGGUCGAUAUUGAAAAUGAGUAUGAUCCAGAGAAUGCUCCCAUGCUUGAAUUGCCACCAGAUCCUGAUGAUGGGGAUGUUCCCUACUCUCCCACAGGAACGCCUAUAAUGGAUGAUGAAGUUUAUACCAUCAACACCAGAACUUCUUUAUUAGAUGAACAAGCAUCUUUAAAGGAGUCACUUUCUAAACUUGAAAAAGUACCGAAGACUAAUACUGAGGCAACACCCAUUGAAUCAGAAAAGAUACAGUCUGUUGCACUAGCCAUUCUUCAGAACAUGAAACAUAUUGCAGCGCUGGGGGAAGUACAAGGAGUUAUACCCUCUUCAGCAGCAGAAUUACACCAAUUACUAUUAUCUGUAUCAUCUAUGAAAGGCUCAAAUAUUGAUGCCUUGUUAUCAGAGUUAACCAUAGCUAAAAAGUCAGGAGAGAGAACUAGUGGAAAACCUCCAGAGGUGACUCUUGAGACCAAGUUAACGACCAAAAAAUCAGUUCCAGUAGUUUCUUCACAAUCCAUCACUGCUACCACACCUACUGUAACUGUGUCUAGCACUCAAGCAUCAUCUACUUCUGUGACAAUGACAGUUUCAUCAAAUGCAGUAGCUGUUUUACCAAAGCCUCCAAGAGCAGUUUCUGGUAAAAUGGACAGCCCAGCUGAAACUGAUCAUGGCAAUUCAAAAACCAAAGCAACCUCUGUGGAAUCAAAAUCAAUAGCUCCCUCUUUAAGUGAUCAUUUUCAAGCAGCUCCAGUACCUGCCAAAAUUGCUCCUUUACCUGCCAAAACUGCCCCUUUACCUACCAAAGCUGCUCCUUUACCUGCCCAAGCUGCUUCACCCGUCAAAACUUCUGCUUUACCUGUCAAAACUUCUGCUUUACCUGUCAAAACUGCUGCUUUAUCACCCAAAGCUACUCCAAUACCUUCUCAGCCAGCCCCUGUACCACCACCAGUGUCAAAUGUUAGGCUUUCACCAGUUCCAGCCCCUGUUCCUCCACCCUCAGUAUCUUUUGUCCCCACCCCAGUGCCUCCCCCGAAAGGGUCAACUCCUAAACCAGUACCACCUCCCUCUAUACCAGUGUAUGUUCCCAAAGGUGCUAGUCUGUUUCCAGCUCCAGUACCACCACCACUACCAGUAGACCCUCCUCCUCCACCUCUACCACCACCUCCGCAAGAGAAUCCACCACCCCCUCCACCACCACCACCCCCACCACCCCAAGAAAACCCACCACUACCUCCAACUCCAUUAGGUGAACUGCCCCCACAAGUUCCUCAAUCAAGUGAACUUCCUCAGCAGAUUUCUCGAACGUCCUUAAGUGACUCGGCGUCAGAGCUGUCAUUGAGUGGUAUACCACCACUAACGCCUCUAAAACCCUUGAGUGAAGUUCCACCCCCACCACUACCCCCACCACCACCAACAGUAGCUCCACCAACCUCUCUGAAUAAACCACCACCACCAUUACCUCCACCAUCAUUGAAAGGUCCACCACCAUCAAUACCCUCGGGAACAUUGAAUGAGCUUCCACCUCCAUUACCCCCAGCUUCCAUGAAACCCCCAACAAUGUUACAUGAACCACCGCCACCCGUGCUGCCUGUAUCUUUGAAAGAACCACCUCCACCUAUACCACAGGCCUCUUUGAAUGAGCCACCACCACCAAUACCACCAGUAUCAAUGACUGAGCCACCCCCUAAUAUAACUACAGUGUCACUGAAUCAGCCUCCACCACCAUUACCUCCAGGUGAAAGAGCACAUUGUCCACCUUCUGCAUCUGGAGCACCUCCAUCCGUACUACCACCAUUCAAAUUGUUUCCUCCUCCAACUCAUCUGGGUAUAGGUCAGACAUCACAUAUUUCCACUAGAAUAAACAGUCCAUUCAUGGGUGCAUUAAAAAGUUCUGGCCCCACUCAUAUACCUGCUUUAAAGCCACCCCCACCACCACCUAGUCUCCCAAAGGGUAUAUCAGAGUUUAUUGCUGAAGUUCCUAUGGAGUUGGACUCUGACAGCGAAUAUGAAUAUGAACCGGGAAAAAGUGACUACAUUGAAAUUAAUCAAAGUGUGGAGGAGCUUCAGUCAAACAAUCAGUUUUCAUUGAAGAGUGUUGAAGAGGAACAGCAGUCUCCAGACAAAGAUGAUGCAAGCUUUUUAGCUGGAUUUGGUAUAAGUUUGGAAGAUACUAUGGUUGAAGAAGCCCCCAGUCUUUGUGAUGUUGUAGACGAUUUCUUUGUUCGUGGAGCAGGUCUGGAGAAAACCAUUUCAAAGCUAAUGGGUUCUUGUGUUGACAAUGACACAAGUCAUGAGAAAAAUGAGAAACCCUGUCCGAUGUCUGUUUCAUCAAGUCCCUUGCAUGCAUCUAGUGUUUCAGUGGUUUCUGUUGCUUCUUCAAAAGAAGAAAAAAAUGAGUGUGGUGCAGAAUUGGACUUGAAGGAAAAUAGAAAUAACCUUUUUAGUGAUGAAGAGCUAUUGGCUAUAGUGGAACAGACAGAAGAGGUGGUGGAUCUGGAGGUGGUCUUUGCAAAUGUCCAGAACGAUCCCAAAAGCAGGAGGAGAUUUCAUGGGGAUGAGUCAUCCAGUUACUAUCAGAAAACUACUUUGGCACAGUCGGUCAUCGACCAAUGCAAGGAUAUUCCUCUUGUUGGUUUACAAUAUGUGUUGGAGGUGAGGCCCCAUCCACAAGCUUCUUUGGAUGAAGUUUAUUAUAUCUGUUCAUUAUGUUCAAAGAAAAUGAAUGCUCACACACUGAUUGCUCACAUCAAAAGUGUACCACACAGGCUUAAAUUUUCGGAAAUUCAUUGCCGGGACAUAUUUUCCAAGUUUGGUACAUUUACUAUCAAACAAUGGACUGCAUCCUUAGUGAAAGAGUUUACAGACUCCCUCUUGGAUGUUGAAUCUAAAUUAGGCCGUCACAAAUUGGCUGUGGCUGCUGAGAGGGAUAUGUCCCAUGCCCUUGCAUCCUUGAAGAACAAAAUAGAAGAUAUGACCGAGUUGAGCUUAUCACAGAAGAAAAGAGAAAAGACCAAUUCCACUUCACAAAAGGCAAAAGGUCGGAAAGCUGGGAGCUCUGAUAUGACACUGGAUAAAGACAAGUCCAGCACCUCCAAGUCAUCCAGUGAUGGUGGUAAGAGAAGCAAUCGUUAUGGUGGCCAUUCAAGACGCAGUUCAAGAUCACAUUCACGAUCAUUGUCACCCAAGAGGAGGAGGUCACAUUCUCCAAGGAGGAGAUCAAGGGAUAGAAGCCCCAGACGUCUUCACUCUAAACCAAAAUCUAGGUCUAGUCGAUCACCUAAACGCAGACAAAACCGAUCAAGAAGCAGAUCUCCAAGACACAGAUCACCUAACAAGAGAAAGCCACGGCACAGUCCUCCAAGACGUAGAGAUGCUGCAGACGAACAAAGACGUUAUGCUGAAAAACGGCGGCUAGAAGAUUUCCGCGAUGCUGAAAGGCACUUAAGGACAAGGCACAAGGAGAUAGAGGAAGAACUCGAAAGAGUUCCAGAGUCUCAUCCUCAAUAUGGUGAAGAGUGGAGGAAGUUUUGGGAAAAUCGAUAUCAUGAGCUGGAGGCACAAGGAUUGGAUCCUUCCAGGCAUGAUUUUAAGAGUGAGUGGGCUCCCUUUUGGCAUAAGAGGAUGAAAGAAUUGCAUUUUAUCUCCUUCAGUGAAAAAAGGAAAGCUCUUCUUGAAAAGUUCAGUAUUAAGGACCCGGAUCCUUUUACUGAUAAUGACUCGAUACCUGUGAAUGGAGGUAGCAGAGACAAGGUUAGCCGCAUCGAUAGAUCCCCUAGUCCGUGGGAAGGGGAUAGUAAUAGUAGAAGUGGAAAGAAUCCUUCGCCCCCACCCCCAAGUACCAUUGGCAUGCAAGGAUCCGAAUUAUCGAGGUUGAAAAGUAAUGAAGUUAGUGAUUUGCCAAAGUAUGAGGAAGAAUAUUCUGUUAUAGGAACCUUGAAGCUUUUGAAAGAAUUAGAGGAUCAACUUGGGUCAUUUGGACCAGCUGUGUCGACUCUCCUUUCGAAAGCUGUUGCCGCCAAGGAAAAUGGAGGUGAUCCUUUAGAUCUUUUUAAAGAUCUUGACAAUUCUGUUUUGGUACGGUAUGCAAAAGAGAAAUUAGCAUCACAAAUAUCUGCUGGAAUAUUAGGAACACAUCAACUUUUGAAAACCGAAAUGGCAAUUGAGAGAGCUAUGUGGCUUCAGAUACAAGGGGAAAAAUUGACUGGCCGUGAUAAAUAUUUAGGUUUAGAUAUAAAUAAUAUUGCCAAGGCAACACUUGGCAUGGACACGGUCCAGAUAGCCCAGUAUAUAGCACACCAUUUGCUACAAGUUGGAAAGUCUAAUGCAAGUGAAGAAGACCUACAGAAUAUUCUCAUUGCUGUUUCAGCAAGCCAUACAAAAAUGUUAGCUGAUCAGUUACAGUUAAGUCAAAGUUCAACUGAGACUGAAAAUACAGUUAAAGAAACUAGUCAACCUCAGGCUGCUAAUGUUGAUGUACCAUCUGUAGUGUCAACACCUACUGCAAACUCUGUAACUGCCUCUGCUACCCAGCCACCAAGAACAGCCUUGUUAACUGCCCCCACUACCCAACCACCAAAAACAGCCAUGUUAACUGCUACUACCCAGCCACCAAAAACAGCCUUGUCAACUGCCCUUGCUACCCAGCCACCAAAAACAGCCUUGUUAACUACCCCGGGUACCCAGCCACCAAGAACAGCAUUGUUUCCCUCAGGUGUCCCAAGCAGUAGUGCUCCGAGUUCUGCUUCAUCAACUACGCCAGCUACUACCACACAAAACUCAACAAGCCAGGUUAGUAGGCCAGCUGGACUCAGCUUAUUACAAGCAGCGUAUGAGGAUGAUGGACCUAAAGAUAUGAAUAAGUUGUCCCUUGAUGAUUUGCAGGCAUUACUAGGAAAUUUCAGAUCACUAAACAGAGAAGAGCAGCAAGCCCUCACCACUUACCUAAAAAAGUUGGAGGCAACUGACAGUAAAAAAGUAACCCAACUACGGGAACGUAUGCAAAAGUGUGCGCGCAGUACGCCCAAGCCUUCUCCUGCACCUUCAAAUUCAGCUUCUUCCAAUCCAUCCCCAGCACGAAGUGUUGAAGGAAAGUCUGAUUCAGUGUUUUCACCGCCUUCAGCUGUACCCCCUCAGUAUGUUCCUCCAGCACCUGUUGCUGCAACAACUAGUGCUCCUAUAACUGUACAUCCACAACAUCGGCAACAAGAAAACCCAAGUCUUGUUUCAAGAACAUUCCACCCUGGAAGUGGCAUGGAGCGCUCUUCUCCUAGUGAUCCUUAUCUUAGGGUUAACCCUUCAUCUGAAGAAAACUUAACAAGAAGUUAUCCUAAACCAGAUAUCAGUGUAGAUCAGCAGGAAAGAGGUCGUAAUACUAAUGAAAGAGGAAUGCCCAACGAAAGAGGAAUGCCUAAUGAAAGAGGAAUGCCCAACGAAAGAGGAAUGCCUUCCAAUAGUGAUAACAUAGGAGUGCCAUCUGGUAUAGGUGAACUUCUUCAAGACUACCGUAAUAAAACCGCUCCACCAGCAUUACGGCCAGGUGAAGAAAAUAUCACUAGAGAUCUCUCUAGGAAUCCAAAUAUGCCACCAGGUCCACCAAGAUAUGGAAAUCCUGAUUUUCCAUCCAGGAACUCUUUUGAUAAUUAUGGUAGAGACCAUGAAAUGAGAGGUUCCUUUGAUGAUAGGGAAAGAAACAUGAGAGAAGGUUUUGACAAUAGAUCUUUUAAUGAUACAAGAGAGAAUGAUUAUAGAGGAAUACCAGAGCGUUUUGAGCAGGACAGAAGAGGGCCAUUAUUUGGCAGACCUGGGAUGAUGUUUGAUGGGGAAACUGGUAUGCAGGUUCCCUCUGGGAACAGGGAAACUGACAUCCCAAGGAAUCAAAUGAUGGAAAGAGAUGGUCUUGGAUUUCGGGGCCCAGAAGGUCCUCCACAUGGCUUUCCAAAUUCCAGGAUUAGAGAUAUUCCCGACAGGAUGUAUGAUGAUAAUAGACCCAUGCCACCUCAUAGGGAAACUGGACCUGGAGAUUAUCCUUCAAGAGAUUUUGAUCCUGGAAUGCGUGAUAUGAGAGGGCCAAUGAUGCAUGGGGAUCUUCCAAAUCGUAUGGAUAUGGGCAUGAAUAACCCCUUUGCAAGAGGGUCAAAUCAACAAGCACCCUUGGGCCAUGGUCCGCCAGUGUCUCGUAUGGGUGAUAAUAGAUUUGAUAGGACAGCUUUCUUAGGACAAGAAGAAUUUCAUACAAACACUUUUAGAAGUGGACCACCACUGGGCUCUCAAAAUAGAGGUCCUCCGCAAUUACCAUCUAGGGGCUUUAUGGACAACAGACCUCCUUAUCAGGAUCGGUGGUAGUGCAGUAAUAUAUUUGAAUAUUUUAUACGUGAAAAAAUCAUGGAAAGUUUGUGUACAGUGCAAGUCUACUGUGUUAAAUUGAAGACUUUGUUAAUAUUGUAUAGAUGUUUAAUGAGAAAAUUUAUUUGUUCAGUUUUCUACUCAUUGUACUGUAGUGAGUAUUUGUCAAUUUGAAAAGAAGACAUUGUUAUAUAUGCAAAGGUGUCUAUAAUUAUUUUUUUGUUGCUUGAUUUAUGACAUUUCCAAAAAAUAUUGAAACCAAAAUUAGAUUUUAUAUUUGCAGUACAGUAUAAAGAAUUGUGAAUAAAAUUUUGAAGACUUUUCACACUGAGAUGUAUUGUAUUACUGCAAUUUAUGUAUAUAUAGAACUUUCUUUCCAAUUCAAAAGGGCAUUGUAUAUUUCCUCUGAUUUUGUGUUAGUCCUAUUUUUAAUAAAAUUUAUAAAGAUG